AUGCAGACCGUUCCUGAAGGCACCGAGCUCGCAGAGCGACACCUCAAGCCACCCCAGAAUUUUGAUCCUUGCUGCAACGCCAAAGUCACAUCUCCCUUCUACCUCUACAACCAUGACUCCCCUCGGCCUUCCUUCGACGUCGUCAAGGACCCAAACCCUCCCAAAGCCUCUGUCCACGAUCUCGAGUCAGGCACCUUCAACCUGUCACCCACAAUCACCGAGGAAAAGAAAGAAGCCCAGAGACCAAAACCGAGCAGAUUCAAAUUUUGGCAAGGCAAGAGCGAAUGCUUGACCAAACCGAAGGAGCGGGGCUGGUUGGCUCGACUCCCAACACGACAGAGAAUACUGGUCAAACUAUUGAUUGCUUUGGUGGUCAUUGGUGCCAUAGUUGGUAUUGCAGUCGGUAUCAGCAUCCGUGUUCACGGAGGAGUCUACAAGAACAACAACUCUACACAUCAGAUCGGCUGA